AACUGUCUCCGCCCUCUCCAGUGCCAUCCUCUGAGUCCCAACAUCUGCUGGCUGGGGCCAAGGCUUUGGACAGCAUCCAGAGAGGGCGGCUCCAGAAUGAAAAUGUGGCUUUUGGGUUUGGUGUUCUGUUUGGCCCUUGGGACCCUGCGUUCUGAGACAUCCAGAGGGAAGACACCACCUGUGGAUCCUGAAACAAAUAUGAAUGUGAGUGAAAUUAUCUCCUACUGGGGGUUUCCUAGUGAGGAACACCUCGUGGAGACAGAAGAUGGAUACAUUCUUUGCCUCCACCGAAUUCCUCAUGGGAGGAAGGACCAUUCUGACAAAGGCCCCAAGCCAGUGGUGUUCCUGCAGCAUGGCUUGCUGGGAGAUUCGAGUAACUGGGUCACAAACCUACCCAGCAGCAGCCUGGGCUUCAUUCUGGCAGACGCCGGUUUUGAUGUGUGGAUGGGGAACAGCCGGGGAAACACCUGGUCUCGGAAACACAAGACACUUUCAGUUCUUCAGGCUGCGUAUUGGGCCUUCAGUUUCGAUGAGAUGGCCAUCUAUGACUUACCGGCUUCCAUUAACUACGUUCUGAACAAAACCAGCCAAAAGCAAGUGUAUUAUGUGGGUCAUUCCCAAGGCACCACGAUAGGUUUUAUAGCAUUUACACAGCUCCCAGCACUGGCCGAAAAGAUUAAAAUGUUUUUUGCCCUGGGUCCUGUGGCUACAAUCAACUUCUCUAUUAGCCCUUUAUUUAAGGUGGCAUGGAUUCCAGAUCUUCUCAUCAAGGAUUUAAUUGGAGACAAAGAAUUUCUUCCCCAGAGUACAUUGCUGAAGUGGCUGAGUGUUCAUGUUUGUGAUCGCGUUGUCCUUAAGGAGCUUUGUGCAAAUGUCAUUUUUCUUCUGUGUGGGUUCAAUGAGAGAAACUUAAAUAUGUCUAGAGUGGCGUUGUACAUGGCACACUCUCCUGCCGGGACUUCUGUGCAGACCGUGUUACAUUGGGGCCAGAUUAUAAAAUCACAAAAGUUUCAAGCCUUUGACUGGGGAAGCAGGGCCAGGAACUACUUUCAUUACAACCAGACUUCCCCUCCCGCUUACAACGUGAGAGACAUGUCUGUGCCGACUGCCGUGUGGAGCGGGGACCAUGACUGGCUCGCAGACGUCAGUGACGUCAAUGUCUUACUGACCCAGAUCCCCAACUUGGUGUACCACAAGUGUAUUGAAGGGUGGGAACAUCUGGACUUUAUCUGGGGCCUGGAUGCCCCUUGGCGGCUCUAUAAGGAGGUGGUGAACCUCAUGAGGAAGUAUCAGUGAAGGCCAGGUGGACACAUUCACCAUCAUCAAGUCAGUGAUCGAAGCAUGUCCAAAAUGUCUUGGCUCAAUUUUUCUAAAGUCCUUAUUUUUCUUUCCCAGCCCUUUUAUAGGUUUAUAUCCAAGAAAAUGAUGAUGUUGAAGAUAACCUAAGUCUCUCCAGUUAGGGUUAGAAAUGCACUCGCUUUUUUGUUGUUGUUUAAUCAUGACCAUUAUGCAGCUUGUGUUUCAACCACAGGGUAGUUUCUUUAAGUCUUCUAAAAUAUCACUGACAUGUGAAAGGUCAUAAGCAUUCUGCUUGUCCACACAGGUUCAAAUGCACCGUAUUUCUUUUUUGUACCCACACACUGACCCCUGUGUUGAAACUCUUAGACUGAGCCAUUCAUUGGUAAAUAACCUGAGACCGCCUUGAGGGAACCUUGGUGCAUAGCCCCGAGAGGCUGUCCAGUGGAACAGCCCUGUGUUUGGGGAUCUAAAGGACACUCUGUCAUGUCCUCAUGAAGUAGGUGCCGAGUCAAAUCCAGUGACACUCCAGCCAUGUCAGUUAUAAAGAUUCUAUAAUGAGUUUUAUCAAGUCUCAUCUGUGAUAGCUGUUAUUUACCAAGAGUUUACAUUGCUCAGAUGAAGCAAAUUAGUUUGCUGCAGUCCUCAAAAUCAAAUUCCAC